CUGCUUACAAUUAUUUCCGUUAUAGGUUAUAAACCAAACAGGAUGCAUCUGUUUGAGUAAGCCUAAGGAUUCAUCACACUGCUUUGGCAUUUGGAAGUCAUGCGAACGAUUUCUUCUCUAUUCUCAGAGAUGAACUGAACAUUUACGAACGACAGGCAAUUAACAUAUUGAUGAUAGUGACGGGAUGAUGCGCGUACUGAUUCUGAUGCUGUCCACUUUUGUCUCUGGCGGGACCAAUCGAGUGACCACAACGUGCACGGCUGAGGCUUGCCUUACAUUGCAUUUGGAGGAGGAACGUUUUGAACAAGCUCAUCAGAUCUGUGUCGAAAAUGGCGGUAAUUUGGUCACUAUGAGGAAUCACAAUGAAUUAGAGAUCGUUAAAUCAGCUCUUUUAGCAUCAGGAGAACGCUCCGUCCGCCACUCUAAACUUUGGAUAGGACUUGAGUUGGUCAAAGGAAACUGUACUAAUUUCAAUGCAUAUUUGCAUGGCUACAAAUGGACGUCAGAGCCAACAGUUUCCAAAUAUUCCAACUGGAAAAAGAGCCCUUCGAGAACGUGCACGGAAAAGCGGUGCGUGUCGGUGUCGUUAGUGGAUGGUCUGAAAUGGACAGAUGGCACGUGCCGAGACAGCGCCUUUUAUAUGUGUACAUUUCUUUCCAAAGGCAUGUGCAAACCCAUUGCGUUUGACAAACCAGGUGAUGUCAAUUAUAGUCUUCCAUUUUUAACAAAACCACUCAAUCAGAAUGACGGGUUGGCAAUGCUACCACAUGGAACAUUGGCUGAAAUACAGUGCAAUGGGUCCGAGGAUGGUGUAACUUUUACCUCAUUAUGUGACAACAAAAAUGGUCCUUUUGACUGGACAACUCCAGGGCGCUUUUGCGCACGGGAUAAAAUAAGUUGCAAACAUAAAAACGGUGGUUGCGAUCAUCUUUGUUUAGAGACUAAUGCAGCAGGUGUGCGUUGUGAAUGUCGUGAGGGCUAUUAUCUGACGGAUGACAGAGUUAGUUGCGUUCUCAGAAUCAACUGCGAAAAUUCACCGUGCAAAUCGAAGUGCGUGUCGACAUCCACUGGGUUUUCGUGCGCAUGUCCGGAUGGAUUUCGGCUGGCACGAGACAACAUCAGCUGCGUCGAUAUCGACGAAUGCCUUCAAAGCAUCUGCGGCGAACACAAGUGUCGCAACAAUCCUGGAAGCUACUUUUGUGAGUGUAAACCAGGUUUCGGACUUCUCGCUGGGAAAUGCGAAGACGUGGACGAAUGCACCGAAUUCAGAUGUGACCAGGGCUGUCUCAAUUCGGAGGGUUCAUUCUCUUGUUACUGUCACGCUGGUUACAGUUCAUCAUCGGACGAGAGUGGGACAUGUAUAGAUAUCGACGAAUGUGUCAAUAAGCCGUGCGAAGACAUCUGUUUUAAUACUUUGGGAAGUUAUAAGUGUUCGUGCAGGCAAAACUUCACUUUAGCUGAAAAUGGCAUAAGCUGCGUCCCGACUCCAACAUCCCAAAACCACGAAGAGGCACUCAUAACAGAACUGGAUCAGUUAGCUGACGCACAUGGACCCUCAACAAUCAAUCCCCUUUCACACAACGAGACAAAUACUAAAACAGAAUCUACUAAACGUUCAGAAAGUUUCCUCGGCCUUUCUUGGAUUUUGAUGUGUGUCUUGGGUUCAGUUAUUCCAUUGCUUCUGCUCAUUGUGCUCACAUCAGUCUUUGUCAUCUACCGAUGGAAACGCUCAAAAAAAGCCAUUAAGAAAAAUGCCACCGCUGAUAACUAUUGCUGGGUUUCAUCUGGAUUAGAGCAUCAAGAAAAAGAGCAACGCUGAUUUUUUUUAUUUUGUAAGACGAUGUGGACAUUAAAGGAAAAGUUCACCCAAAAAUGAAAAUACUUUCCUCAUUUACUUGCAGUCAUGCCAUCCCAGACGUGUUUGAUUUUCGUUCUCCUGCAGAACAUAAAUGAAGAUUUUUAGAAAAUAUGUCUCAACUCUGUAGGUCCAUUCAAUGCAAGUGAGUGAUAGCCAGAACUUUGAAGCUCCAAAAACCACAUAAAGGCAGCAUAAAAGUAACCCACUAGACUCCAUGUCUUCAGAAGCGAUAUAAAAGAUGUGGGUGAGAAACAGUUAAAUAGUUAAGUCCUUUUUUUACUGUAAAUUCUACUCCCUGCCCAGUAGGUGGCGAUAUGCACAAAGAAUGUGGAUUGCCAUAAACCAAAGAAGAAGAAGAAUGUGAAAUUGAAAAUUGAGUUUUUUAGUGAAAAAGGACAUAAAUAUUUAGCUGUUUCUCACCCACACCUAUCCUAUCACUUCUGAAGAAAUUGAUUUAAAUGCUGAAGUCAUAUGGAUUACUUUUGUGCUGCCUUUUUGUGUGUUUUUGAGCAUCGAUAUGUGCAUCAUUUGAGCAUCUGGCCACCAUUCAUGUGCAUUAAAUGGGCCAAGAUAGCUCAGAUAUUAUUCUUUUUUACGUUUUCCUUUGUGUUCAGCAGAAGAAAAAAGUCAUACACAUCUGGGGUGGCAUGAGGGUGAGUAAAAGAUGAGAGAAAUUUCAUUUUUAGGUGAACUAUUCCUUUAAAUGUUUAAGUGUAAUGUGAGAUUUUACAGAGGAGACAGGCUAUUGUUUGCAAGCUGAAGAUGUCAUUGGCUGUCUCUGUAACUAAGGUUUUGAGUCAAAAGGUAAAUUACACAAAUGCAUGUUUUCUCUAGCAGUGGUUUUGUACAUUGAUUUUAUUUAAUUGAUAAGUUAAUACAAUUAAUGGCAUAAACUAAGGCAAGAAUCAACAGCAUAAUGAUGGGAGAUUUUAAGGGUGUGCUGUGUUUGGUGGCAAAUUGUCACCAGUGUUGGGUAAAAGUUUCUCAAAAUAUGUAAUCCACUACAAAUUACUAAUCUAACCUAACCUCUAAAAUUGUAAUCAGGUUAAUUUACUGAUUACUUCAUCAAAAAGCCACAAAAUGACACUAAUCAUUACUUUAAUUUUAGUUUAUUUUCUAAAACACCUCAUAGAAAAGCGUUUGUAUUAUUUACAACAAAUUCUAAAUGUCUAUAUUUCUAUCAUGUCUAUAGUGCAUUGUCACACCCUUCAGCUGUCUCAGAAACGCAAACAGACGUUUAAAUGUAUUAUAUGGCCUACAUAAUAUUGUAGUAACACUUUACAUUAAGGUUUCCUUUGUUAACAUUAGUUAAUGCAUUAGGUAUCUUGAACUAACAAUGAACAAUAUAUUUGUACAUCAUUUUUAAAUCUUGGUUAAUGUUAGUUUUUAAACAUACAAUUGUUGAUUGUUUGUUCAUGGUUUAAUAACAAACGUUAACAUACACAAGUUUUCAUUUAAAAAAUGUAUUAGUGUAUGUUGAAAUUAACCAAGUAGAAUAAAUGUCAUAUUGUUUAUUGGAAGUUCAUAUUAACGCAAUUAUUUUACAAAUCAUUAACAAAUGGACAAUACAUUUGUUACCAAUAGUAUUUUAGAAAUACAGUAUGUGUAAUAAGUAAUGUAGCCUAUACAUAAAAAUAAUUACUUUAUUCAGUAACUGUAAUCUGAUUACAAUAAUUUGUAAUGUUACACUUGAAUUAGUAAAGUAAUUAAAUACAAAUUAAUAGUUACAUUUAUUAGAUUAUAUUACGUUGUAUUCAAAUUACACCCAACACUGGUAGGCCUAUUUUAUAAAAUUAUACAGUGUAUUAAUUACAAUUUCUGAUGGCCAAAACAAUGCUUUAAUAUUUUACAUUUACUUUUUAAUUUUUAGCUGUUUCAUGCAUUGCUUUUUGUGUCAUAAUUGUUUCAAUUUAGCUGAAGAUUCUGAUUAAUGACAGGUUACCAUGCAACAAAAUGCUGCCAUUGGGGAAUGUUGUCACAAAAGGUCAACAUGCACUAAAUUAACUGGUGGAAAUGUUUAAUUGACUUUUGAUGCCAAGACUUUAAGAUAUGUGUCAAUACAGAAAUUGACUGAGAAAUAUUCACUGGGGUAAAACAGUAAAAAGUGUGACAAUUCUCUCCGGUCUCCCUCUUCCUUAUAGUUCCAUGAGACUAUCAACUAACUCCAGAGCACUAAAUGUAAAAUGAUAUAAUAUUGUUUUUACUUUAUUAUUUGCUAUUUUAUGCCAUGUAUUGUAAAUAUUUUCUGUACAAUUUAC